AUGUGGCACACUUCGACCCCGUGCGUUGGUAAGAGUGGCAUUCCCAAACAUGUUCUUGUGGUUACGAUAGAAUACGUUUGUGUCGCAUUACUGGCCCAAGCGAGUGCGUCCGGUCCUGCUCCUGUGGUUCAGAUAAACUCCGGUCUUGUAUCAGGUCUGCAAUUUGAACAAGGUGGCAAGAUGCUGGACGCGUACCUUGGAAUACCCUAUGCGGAGCCACCUGUUGGAGACCUCAGAUUUCAAAAGCCAAGACUUGUCACGGCGUGGACCGGAAUCUACAACGCGACUGCUAAGCCGACACCUUGUCAUCAGGUGCCAGUGCCUUUACUCGGACUGACCAAUUUGAACUACACCAGGGCAUCCGAAGACUGCUUGUACGUCAACGUGUGGAAGCCAUCCCAACGUAACUGCUCUGAGCAGAGAAACUGCACCACAGAACUGCUUCCAGUGUUCGUGCAUAUCCAUGGAGGUGCCUUUCAGUGGGGCGACUCGGCGCUGUUAGUCUAUGAUCCGGCGAACUUCGUGGCCCUGACAAAUGUCGUCUAUGUGACGUUCAAUUACCGCCUGGGAUUCUUCGGCUUCUUGUCCUUGGAGACGCCAGAUAUGCCGGGUAACGUAGGCCUCUGGGACCAGAACAUGGUGCUAGAGUGGGUGCGCGACAACAUUGCGAGCUUCGGAGGUGAUCCCCGUGAAGUUACCCUUGGUGGACAGAGCGCGGGUGCGACAUCGGCAGCCCUACACGCAGUGUCUCCGCACAGCAGGUAUCUCUUCAAGAGGUUGAUCACGCAGAGUGGGUCUCCGCUUUCCAUGGUGUUGAACAUCUUCUUCAGGGGCGAAGGUAAAUUUAUUAACAUUGCCGCAACGCUGGGUUGUUACGACGUAAAGAUCGCGUUUACGGAGCAGCGUAGUAAGGUCAUCGACUGCCUUCGUAAACUCGACGCCAGCUUUAUCAUGCGUAAAAUCGAAAGCCUCGACUUUUUGCAACAACUUUUCUCCCCCGUCGACAGGGACGAAUUCCUGCCCUUAUCGAUUCUGUCGCCGGAGCCGUGGAAACAACUGCACGUUGAGGACGUUCUGCUGGGAACCACCACUGACGAAGGAACAAUGUUUUUCAACUUUCUCACCGACUCGUUUCCUCAGGCAUCCGAAGUGUUGGCCACGCAGUACAGGACCGUAUCGACAGUCGUUAUAUCGCAGGCCAUGAACGUUCCCGUUGCGACUGCGAAAGAAAUCGUGGCUGCAUACUUCGGAGGACACGAAGUCGAGCACAGCUUCGACGAAGUACGUGACACUAUAUGCGACAUUUUCGCUGAUGCUGUUUUCAACUGCCCUACGCAGCUGUUUGCCGACAGCGCGGCUGAGCAAGGAGUUGGGACGCACCGGUACUUGUUCGCUCACAAGUCAACGCACAGCUUUUUCCCGAAAUGGAUGGGUGUGGCACACACCGAAGACCUUUUUUACACCGUGGGAUCGCUACCAUUCCUGAAAGACAAAAGUCGCUACACCGAUGUUCUCGGAACUCUAGGAAAGAAGUUCUUGGCCACUCAGGAUUACACAAGCGAAGAAGAGGAAUUCAUGGAGGAUGUUGUCAGCGCUUGGGGUGCUUUUGUACGAACUGGGUAA